UCUGUUCUCACCGUUUUAGUGCAGAAGAUGGGUAAACGUGAUAGUACCAUAUCAUAGGAUGACAUUUAUUCUCCAUGAAACCGGGUCACUAUGACAACAUUCCUCGGGACACUCCGUACUGUUUGCCCUGAGUAUCCCGGAUGGAUAGGUCAAAUGUGGGUUCACCAUGGCAUCUACAACUUCUGGUAAAGAUACAACGUUGGACAAGGCUGAAGAAUACCACACCGAAAUAGCAGUACUUAUGUCGCCUGUCAUUAUCAUCCUGGGGAUUCUGAUGCUGGUUGGAUUCUUCGGAAACAUCCUGGUGAUAUAUAUCUAUGCUGUCAGGCUGAAGAGAAGUACCACGCACCUGUUCAUCAUCGCCUUGGCUGUUGCUGACACUGUUGUGUGCUCUGUGUGUAUUCCAGUAGAAAUCGUUGUAAUCCGCUAUCUCUACUCCUUCGACGUCCCAUGGCUCUGCAGGGUGUUCCGUACGAUUGUCCUGGUCUGUGUGAUUAGUUCAAUAUCUGUUCUUGUAUCCAUAGCCGUGGACAGAUACAAACGGGUAUGCACUCCUUUCAAGUCUCAGAUAUCUUUGAAAACGGCGAAAAUUGCAGUUGGUAUUGGGUGUGUUAUUGCUUUGAUUCUUGCGUCACCCUCCAUGGUUAUUCUAGGCACGAAGACUGUAAACAGAACAGUGGUCGGCUACGCAUGCGCCACGGAUGACAGCAUGAUAAAGACUCCGUUUCCAGCGCUGUUUAAUGGGAUGCAACUUCUCCUAGCCGUGCUUACUAUUUCCACUGUUACUUCCCUCUAUGCCUUGAUCCUGAAGAGAGUCCGCGCACAGAAGAGGUACAGAGAAGGAAUGAGUCCUAAACAUGUUGACAGCAAGGUGUGUUCAACCCACUCUAGUGAUGCGCCAUAUGAGACUGACACGUCAAUCACGUCAACACAAGACAACGCAGUGCAAUCACCACAGGGUAACAUACCAACGAGUGAGGACACUGUGACAUCAUCACGCGACAUCACGGUGACAUUAUCACAGAGUGAGUUACCGUCGGAUGACGAUACGACCUCGUCAAACGACAAGACGACAUCUCCAAUCAACAAAAAUCCAAGACAACAAGAUGCAAAAGUAAACUCUGCUCUGAAGAAGGGGACGCACAAGACCACGUUUAUGAUGUUUAUCAUCACAGCUGUGUUCAUUCUCAGCUUUAUACCCCAUCUGGCUCUGAUGGCGACAAGAGCCGUGCAGAAACACACGUACGAUCAUCUGGAUGGAGCACCAUUGGCUCUGUAUAACUUAUUCCUCAGGACAUACUUCAUCAAUUCAGUGUCCAAUCCCAUCAUAUAUGGUUUCAUGAGUGACACAUUCCGAUCACAGGCAAAGAUUGUAUUUAAACGGAUGUGUUUUAAGAAGUAAUGCAAGUACGUGCGAAAAUAUUCGUUCGGCCGAACUAUGUUGUUCACAUUCUACAAUAUAAGUUUAUAUUUAGUUGUCUAAUAUAUGUAUGAUAUUUACCCAUAGACUGUCAACAGAUUAACAUAUCGUGACAUCGUGUAACUGGGUAGAAUGACGUACUA